UUCAGAUUUGGCGAGCAUUUGGAAUAACUAUUGAAUUACAACUUUAGUGUACCGCAAUUGGUGCAUUGGUCUUUGCAGCAUUCUUACAUCAGAACGAAUCGAGUCGAUUUGGCUCCUCUUGGAUCAACUUCGACUGUAGAUAGAGUCAGGUCACUUUUGCCGAGUCUAAUCAUGAUCAGUAUUGGGCCGUUAUAUCUUUUAUGAUUCAGAACCAAGCAAAAUUAGGGGCCUCUAACUAGUCAAUACUAAUCAUAUACUUAAUAAAGGUUUAAAAAGUGAUCAUUUAUAUAGAUUUGGUAGUGAUUCUGUACCCUCCUAGUCAAUCUUCCAGAAGGCCAGAACCAUACUUUAUUAGCAUCUACAAUCCCUGCCAUAUAAUAUUACAGAGCUGCAGUUUUUUAGCAACCAACUCCCACUAAUUAUACUAUCUGAUCUCAUCUUUGUCCCAAAUCAAUAUAAGAUUAGUUAACCUUAACACAACUCAUAACAAAAAAGGAUGGACAUUUUCUUAGCCAUCUUAACUUUCAUAGCAACUGCACUUACUUUGAUCUUUAUACUUGUUCUUGCUCUACUCAUCAAAAUAUACUCAGGAAAAUCAAUUCACAAGCCAAACUAUCCACCAGUUGAUGGAACAGUCUUCCAUCAACUGUUUUAUUUCACAACAUUAUACGACCACCAAACUAAAACUGCUCGAAAACAUUCUACAUAUCGCCUUCUAGCACCCGAUCAGAGUGAAUUCUAUACAACUGAUGUUAGAAAUGUAGAACACAUUCUGAAAACAAAAUUUGACAAGUAUGCAAAAGGUAAAUAUAAUAGAGAUAUACUUAGAGAUCUGUUUGGUGAAGGGAUUUUUGCAGUGGAUGGAGAUAGGUGGAAGCAGCAGAGGAAGCUUUCAAGCUUUGAGUUCUCAACCCGGGUUUUGAGAGAUUUCAGCUGUGUUGUUUUCCGGGGAAGUGCAGCAAAACUUGUCAGGAAUAUUUCUCUGUUUGCUAAGGCAAAUGAUACUUUUGACAUCCAUGAUUUGCUAAUGAAAUGUACAUUGGACUCUAUAUUCAAAGUUGGUUUUGGGGUUGAGUUGAACUGUCUUGAGGGAUCAAGCAAAGAAGGGGUUGAAUUUAUGAAGGCUUUUGAUGAUGCAAAUGCAUUAGUUUAUUGGCGAUAUGUUGAUCCAACAUGGAAGCUUAAGAGAGCCCUUAAUAUUGGCUCUGAGGCUGCACUAAACAAGAACAUCAAAGUCAUCGAUACAUUUGUUAACGCAGUAAUCACCACAAAGAGGAAACAACUAGAUGAGCAGCAUGAUUCUAAUGUGAAGGAAGAUAUACUAUCUAGAUUUCUAGAAGCAAGCAAAAAAGAUCCUGACCAAAUGACUGAUCAAUAUCUGAGGGACAUUAUUCUGAACUUUAUGAUUGCUGGAAAAGAUAGUACUGCAAAUACAAUCUCAUGGUUUGUCUAUAUGUUGUGCAAGAACCCAUUAAUACAGGAAAAAAUCUUACAAGAAGUGAAAGAUUUCAUUGCAGAAACUGGGGAUGAAGUUGAUGUUGACAAUUUUGUGGAUCAAAUUAGCGAUGAAACUCUAGACAAGAUGCAUUACCUUCAUGCUAGUCUUACAGAGACUCUGAGACUGUAUCCUGCAGUUCCCGUGGAUGGGAGGUCAGCAUUAGAAGAUGAUGUACUUCCAGAUGGUAACACAGUCAAGAAGGGAGAUGACAUAUACUACUUAGCCUAUGCAAUGGGAAGGAUGCCUUACAUUUGGGGAGAUGAUGCCGAGGAAUUUCGUCCUGAAAGAUGGCUCGAUCAAAAUGGUGUUUUCCAACCAGAAUCACCUUUCAAAUUUGUAGCAUUUCAUGCGGGUCCUCGAAUUUGUCUAGGAAAAGACUUUGCUUACAGGCAAAUGAAGAUUGUUUCAAUCACGCUUCUUAGAUUUUUCAAAUUUAAGUUGGGAGAUGAGACUAGAAAGGUUACUUAUAGAACCAUGUUGACACUACACAUCGAUGGAGGGCUACAUGUUAACGCUUUGCAAAGGGUAGCAAUAUGCUAAUACUACUACUUUCUGCAUUGUGGUUAAUUAUUGAUACUUCUUACUCUGUUGAUGUCCAAUUGUCCACAGACAAAAGGUUCAUGAGUAGGGUUUAAAACUUCUUAGUUGAUUGCCAAACUUCAUGAAAAUUUAAAGAAAUUGUAAUGGGUUAAGUGGUUAACCUAGAGUCUUUGAUCAUUCAAGGAAGAAAAGGUCAUUAAUUAUUAUUUU